CGUGUUAAAUUUCAAGAGGAGGCUACAUGGAUUAGCUGUGGUUAGUAACUGCUAUAUAAUGUUUAUAUAAGACAGGCCUGGGGAAAAACACAGAGAUGUCCUUUGAGGCGAAACGUUGCGGAGUGCAGUUCAACCCUCCUUCCAUUAUUUUGAUCUAUGAGGAGAAAGACAGCAGAAAGGUGCGAAAAAGAAUAAUACCGGUGAGGAACUUCUCGAAAUAUUCAGACUGUGGCAUGGCUGCUGAGAGACUGAAGAGCCACUCUCGGCACAAGGAAUACCUGGAUGGUGUGUCGCAAAGCCAGCUGGAGAGGCUUCACAUUAUCCUGAGAGAUCACAUGCGGGGCCACAGUCUGGAGCACAGCCUGGCCUCAUUCCACCUGAACCCUGACGAAGACCUCAAUAAAUUGGAUGAUGAUGAACUGGCCCGCAAGAAGGGACAAAUGGAUAAACUGUUUGAGCGUAACCGAAGGCGCAAGGAUGACCCUGACUUCAUUUACGAAGUGGAAGUGGACUUUACCAAGGCAGGGCAAGAAAAGUGCAGCUGGGAUGAAGAGUCUGAUGAUGGGUUUUAAAGAUUUUCUCUGAAAUGACCUUAAAAUGGCUGAAGUUGACUGCACUAAAAAACUUUUUUUCUCAGUCUUUGACUGAUAGAUCAAAAGUGAUUCAAUUCAUGCCAAGUCAGUAUUUCCCCACAGAGGAAUCUUAUGGUGCACAGAAAAUAAUGCAUCAUGUUUCCACUGGUUGUCAAGUGGCCCAGCUAGAGUGGUAGCUGAUGUCUGGAGUGAACAAUACAUCUACAAACACUCCUUCAUACAGUCACAUCAUGUAAUACAUGAACAGGUAAUGAACACGUUAAAAUGAGUCUGGUCUAUUGAAACAAAUUGAGACAAUUUGUGAAUGACUGUAGAUAAGGUAGUAGUCGUUAGUCUAUAAACUGCCUAUCGUGUUCCCAUCGUGUUUGUUCUAUCUUCCUGCUAGCCUACUGACCAGGAUGAUUUAGGCAUUCGCAAUACCAAAACUGCAAUAUAAUACAGGCAGCCAAUGUAGGAGCAUUAGCUAGAGAGAACUGGAAAAAUAAUGUAAAAAAUAUUGGAAACCUUUGUAUAACUGAUCCAAGAAUAUAAGUAAAUGGCCAAUAUCAUAACUGCAACUAAUAAUAUCUUAGCGUCAUUCUACUUCAACAGAAAAUCCAAAUAAGUCAUGACCGCACUGGGCCUGCUGGUUGAUCUCCAAGUGACCUCUGGCAAGUGCAGUUCAAAAAAUCACCACACAUAAUGACUCAUUAGCACCAAAGAUGCUGCCAAAAUAAGAGCAAGGGACCUUGGGGAUUACCAGUAAAACUGUUCCUUCAUGCAAUUUUUGGGAAUAAUUCAUGUGAUCAUUUUGUAAUUUUUUUUUUUUUUUUGAUUGGAUUAAAAAAAAAUCCCAAGAUCAAGAUGAAUUGCUGCAUCACGUUUCCUCAAUGU